GUAACAGGUGAGGUAACAGCCGCGACCGGUUCUGCUCCUGGAUUUUCCCCUAUAGACUCGGAACUCUCUUUCUUUUUUUCUUUUUCAUUUUCAUUUUUCUCGUCUUUUCUGUUUAUCCUAAAGCCUGCAGAAUUUGCAUUCGAAAGAAAAGAAAAGGGAAGGAAAAAAGAGGAAAUCUUUCUCUUUUUUCAUCAUCAUUGCCACUAAUCACCAUUGCCAUUGCUUUUCCUAUUCAUUCACUUUCUUUCUGUUACUUUUGAGGAAGUCCUUUUAGUGAUAAUUAAGCGUGUAGUUUAAGCAAAUACAUGGCCUGCAUGAAGCUUGGAUCAAAAUCUGAAGUGUUUCACCUCGAUGGCAAUACCUGGUCUGUCAUUUUCCCCUCCGUUGUUUUGUAUCGAUACUGAUUUUAGUUUUGGUUUUAGAAUGUGGGUGUUUGAUGAAGUCGGAAAUCAAUUAAUGGGCUUUGCUCAACAGGGCUUCCAAGUGAUGUUAUUGUGGAAGUUGGGGAUAUGUCAUUUAAUCUCCAUAAGGAGUAAAGUGCUAGAAGAUCUAAUUGGAGAAUGUUGUGGUGAGGAUGAAAGAAAGUGUUUCCUGCAACUUCAUGAUAUACCUGGAGGAGCUAAAACUUUCUUGCUGGUGGCCAAAUUCUGCUAUGGGGUAAAAAUAGAACUCUCUGCUCUGAAUAUAGUCAGUCUUAGAUGUGCCACCGAAUAUCUUCAAAUGAGUGAAGGAUAUGGAGAAGGAAAUCUCAUCACCCAAACAGAAAUUUUUCUGAAUGAAAUCUUUGGAAAUUGGAGGGACUCCCUUAAAGCUCUUGAAACCUGUGAAGAGGUUCUACCAUAUGCAGAAGAGCUUCAUAUUGUUUCAAGAUGCAUCAAUUCUCUAGCAAUGAAAGCUUGUGCAGAUCCAAGUUUAUUCAGUUGGCCAAUGUCAGGAUCCAACAACUUAAAGAACCCAGAAGGUACUGUAUUUUGGAAUGGGAUAUGUACUUCGGCCAAGCCACAACCUGUGGGUGAGGAUUGGUGGUAUGAGGAUGUCUCAUUCCUUAGCUUACCUCUGUUCAAAAGGCUACUUCUGGCUGUUGGUUCAAAUGGCAUGAAACCUGAGAAGAUUGUUGGAGCAUUAAUGUAUUAUGCAAGGAGACAUCUUCCUUUGUUGGGUAGGCAAUCAAGCGUUGAGAGCGGAAACCAUGCUACUCCUGGAUCAACUAUUUCAACUGCAGCUGAUCCUGAUCAAAGGAAUCUCCUUGAAGAAUUGGUGGAACUAUUACCAGAUCAAAAAGGUGUCACACCCAGCAAAUUUCUUCUCAGGCUUCUACGAACAGCCAUGAUUUUUCAAGCGAGUCCAUCAUGUCGUGAGAACUUAGAGAAAAGGAUUGGUGCUCAGUUAGAUCAAGCAGCUCUUGAAGAUAUAAUGAUACCAAACAUGGGUUACUCAAUGGAAACACUAUAUGAUAUUGACUGUGUUCAGCGGAUUCUUGAUCAUUUCUUGCUGGUAGAUCGUGAUGAUCCUUCAUCGAAUUAUAUAGCAGAAGAAGGGCAGUUGAUGGGAGUUUCACAUUCACUAACCCCAACCACAAUGGUGGCAAAUCUAAUUGAUAAUUAUUUGGCAGAAGUGGCACCUGAUGUUAACUUGAAGCUGAUAAAAUUUCAAUCACUUGCUGCUGUUAUCCCUGAUUACGCCAGGCCAUUAGAUGAUGGAAUAUACCGUGCAAUAGAUAUAUACCUCAAGGCUCAUACAUGGCUGACAGAUUCAGAAAGAGAACAACUUUGCAGGCUCAUGAACUGCCAGAAGCUCUCAUUGGAAGCAAGCACACAUGCAGCACAAAAUGAAAGGCUACCACUUAGAGUUAUUGUCCAAGUUUUAUUCUUCGAACAACUACGACUUCGAACCUCCAUUGCUGGUUGGUUCUUUGUUUCAGACAACCUUGAAAGUUCACAGAAUCCCAGUAGAAAUCUUGUCCUCACCCGAAACGAUGUGCACGGUCAAGCUGUAGCAACGCAAGACCGUGCCAUAGCUGUUGAUGAAAUGAAGGAGCGAGUUUCAGAGCUUGAGAAAGAAUGCUUGAACAUGAAAGAGGAGAUUGAGAAAAUAGUGAAGACAAAGGGGAGUUGGAGCAUCUUUUGCAGAAGGUUUGGUUUUAACAAAUCAAAACCCAGUGAAGCUAAACCUUCAAAACCCAAAAAUGGCAGAGGAUCACCAACAUCCUCUGCACCAAUCUUGAAUGGAAAAGAAAAUCACAGUGGUGAAUUAGAAGAAUGAACAUUAUUUUUUAAAAAAAAAAAAGAAAAAGAAAAAGAAAAAAAGGCAAAAUCUUUUAUUCUUUCCUUUCAUUUCUGACUUGUGAAAGACUAACUAAUUGUUGUUUGUAGUUUAGACUUUAGGAAACUCACAUUUUUAUUUUGAUCAUAUUGAUCUAAGUUUUCCUUCUGACAAAGAUCUGUUCUUUUG